AUCUUUUUUCUCAGUGGGAGCAGAGCAGCCAACAAAUUUCGAGUUACACAAAAAUAGCACUCUAAAAGAAAAGGACGCAGUAUUUUUGUCUUGUUCUGCAAAUGUCGGAAACCCUGGUGGAUUUGUUGCUAUAUGGAAGCUAAAUAAGUUGUCAAAUAAACUGGUUCUUUUGAAUCGGUCAAGUGAAGUAAAUGAAAAGACUGAAAAUUGUACAGCGAUUGCAAACUUCAACAUAACUUACAGAGUUUCCUGGGAUGACAACGGUGUGAUUUUCAGAUGCUCCUCACAAAAUAGACAAACACAAGAGCCUGCUCCUUAUAAAGACACAACAGCAAUUGAUGUUCAAUAUGGACCGUCGAAUAUUACAAUGCAUAGCUCUACCCCUGAUCUUGAUCUAUUUAUCGGAGAAAGUCUUAAUCUUACAUGCAGUUCUGAUGGAAAUCCAGUCCCUCGUUUCGAAUGGAAAUUCAAUUCCAGCGACAUUUUAAUCGACGACAGACACACCCUCACUAGGGACAAUAGAACGCUGCGUCUCAUGAACGUGAAUUUAGAUAACAACGGCAUUUACAUUUGUGUUGCCUCAAAUUUAAUUGAUGGUGAAAUAACGAAGGUGUCUUCACAUCUAACACUAAACGUCCGACAAAGAGAGCCAGUACCAACACACCUGUUUUCCUGUGCAGAAAGUCCGUGUGGAAUAACCGAAAGUUGCACAGAAAGUAACGGUAGACCAGCCUGUACCAUAAACAUUUGGAGUCCUAUCUGUUUCUUGUUCGUAUUUCUUACGAUAGUUUUUGUGGUUUCAACUGCUAUUUUGAUAAUUAAACAGAAAAAAAAAAUUAAGAAGCAGCAAAAUUUUGAAAUUUGGAUGCCAUCUUUCGAUGGAUUGUCAUACUGGACAUGUACAAUAUGAGGUUUUGAAUGCAACAGUAACAGUGAACACAACAGGAUCAAGUGGCACUGAGAAUAAAAGAUAUGAAGUUUUAAAUUCCAGGGAACAAAUGAGCAAAAUAGGAGAAAGAAAUACAAUGAAUACAGAGUACGAAACCUUGAAAAGAGAAACGAGCGUUUCAAGACAAAAUGAUGCUGAG